UCCGCUGUUCGACUAAUCACAUCUCGGGGCGAUCUGCGACAAGAUGUUUGUGGCCUCCUUCGCCGAAUGGCACUCACAGAUGACGGCGUUUCAUCUCUUGCAGUCCGCUAUGCAAUGAACGCGAUUUCGUAUCUUUAUCUCAGAAUGCCAGAUGAGGCCAUGAUGCAUCAGAUGCGUGCUGUGACUGCACUACAAGGCGCAAUCGACCGAAUUCCAGAUCCCCGAUGUAGAGCUCAAGCUAUUGCCGCCAGCUUGCUCUUAAGCUUAUACGAGGUUCUUUGUCCAAGUGGCAAGACAACCGUUUGGUCCGUUCACUUUGAUGGCUGCAUGACCAUCGUCAAGUCAAGCUACCAAGGCCGUGGUGAGCGUGAAGGUGAACAUGCGACUCUCCUGGACUGGGUAUUUUAUCACAACGUCCUUUACAAAUUCAGUUUGCAGCAUUGGCAAAGGCGCACCCCAGAGAUGGCGGCGAUUGCGCAGCGGGACAUGCUCAUCGCUAAGAUUGUGUCUGCUGAUCAUUUCAGCACGAUUCAUAGCACUCUUGGCUGCUCACUUGAGCUUUUAGAGUUCCUUAGUAAAGCUAUCGACCUCAUAAAAGACCGAGAUGAUCCAUUGUACUUAUCAAAAGGCCAUUCUCACGCCAUUUAUGAUCUCGAAGGUAAGAUCCGAGAUAUCGGCCAACAACUAUGCAGUGGCAUCGAUAGGGAAGACUACCAUGUUGUCGGAAGCAGAAAGCGCUAUCUCACGAUUGCUCGCAUGUACCAACUUGCAGUUCUCAUUUAUCUUGAUCGUGUGGUUCGAGGAUCAUUUGCCGAUUCGCGCUUGUCACGCGCUAGCGCUGAGGAAGUGCUUCGUCUCUUGAGCGAUCUCGGGCUGUGCGAGAGACCCUUUAUUAUGAUCAUGUUGGCUCUACAAACGGAAAGCGAUAGCGACAGAUUAGUGGUUCUUUCGACAUUGAAGAAUGCGAUACACGAGAGACCGCUUAGCAAUCUGACGUCGACAGAGCACAUCAUACGAAGAAUAUGGGCUCAGCAAGACCUCUACGGAAGCGGACAAGCAGAUGCCUUGAAGAUAUUGAAUACUAUCAUCAGCUCCAAUGAUAUACCGCCUUCUUUCACUUGA